AUGGCUACAACAAUACCGGGUUCUCUCGUCAACAAGACCAAAAAAUUCUUCAUGGGAAUGCCCGCCCCGACGGGUUACGUCCCUGGUGUCGGUCGUGGUGCCACCGGUUUCACGACUCGUUCUGACAUCGGUCCCGCCCGUGAUCCCACUGAACUCCCGGAGGCGGGGCCAGUCGGUCCGUCACCUCAAGGGGGCGGAGCUUCGUCGUCGGGACCGCCUCCAAAACGAGCACGGGAUAAUGACGACGGGGAUGGGGAGGAUCUGAACGAAGCGAAUUAUGAUGAGUUCUCGGGUUAUAGUGGAUCAUUGUUUGCCAAGGAUCCGUACGAUCAGGAGGAUGAGGAUGCGGAUAGGAUUUAUAAUGAAGUGGAUGAUCGGUUGGAUGAGAGGCAUAAGGAUCGAAGAGAAAAAAAGUACAAGGAGCUGGUGGAGAAGUUUCACAAAGAACGACCCAAAAUUCAACAGGGAUUCUCCGAUUUGAAGCGACAAUUGGCGGAAGUAACCGAAGAUGAAUGGCAAGCGAUUCCAGAAGUGGGAGAUAUGCGAAACAAAGCGAAACGAAACGCCCGUGCUGAGAAGUUCACUCCGGUGCCAGAUUCGAUUAUUGCAAUGAAUAUGAAUUAUGGACAAAUGACGAAUUCAAUUGAUGUGAACAGUGGUCUCACAACUCCGUUCAGCAGUGGAUUCAUGUCCACGUUGGGUGGUGGGGCCGCAGCGAAAAAUGGAAUCAUGACACCCGGCUGGAAGACAGGCGUCCAAACAGGCACCUCAACAGACUUGGAUCUCGUGAAAAUCGGUCAAGCACGUAACAAAAUCAUGGAUAUGCAAUUGACACAAGUCUCUGACUCGGUCACCGGACAAACGGUCGUCGAUCCAAAAGGAUACUUGACUGAUCUCCAAUCAAUCAUCCCUCAAAUGGGCGGAGACUUGCAGGAUAUCAAGAAAGCGAGAAUGUUGCUGAAAUCAGUGAGAGAAACGAAUCCACGUCAUCCACCGGCAUGGGUUGCGUCGGCUGUGUUGGAAGAACAGGCUGGAAAACUACAGACGGCAAGGAAUCUGAUUAUGGAGGGAUGUGAUAAAGUGAAGAAUUCUGAAGAGUUGUGGAUCCAUGCGAUUCGCCUUCAUCCCGCUGACGUCGGCAAGACAAUUGUGGCGAACGCGGUGAGAAGUUGUCCACAAUCUGUUAGAUUAUGGUGUAAAGCGUCGGAUUUGGAGCAAGAUGUGAAGGAUAAGAAGAAGGUGUUGAGGAAGGCGUUGGAGCAGAUUCCCUCCUCUGUGAAGUUGUGGAAAGCGGCUGUGGAGUUGGAGGAUCCAGAAGAGGCACGGAUUCUGUUGACACGGGCGGUCGAGUGUUGCAGUUCUUCCACUGAGAUGUGGCUGGCGUUGGCACGUCUAGAGACUUAUGAAAACGCGAGAAAAGUGCUCAAUAAGGCGCGUGUUCAUAUUCCAACGGAUCGACAUAUUUGGUUUGCGGCCGCCCGUCUAGAGGAGACACGUGGACAGAAGGAUAUGGUCGAGAAGAUUGUGUCGAAGGCGUUGAACUCGUUGAAGGCGAAUCAAGUCGAGAUUAAUCGGGAUCAGUGGUUGAAGGAUGCGAUUGAUGCGGAGAUGGCAAAGUGUCCAAUUACUUGUCAGUCAAUCAUCCAAAACGUGAUAAGUCUGGGCGUUGAAGACGAGGACAAACGAACGACAUGGCUGCUAGACGCAGAGAAUUUCGAGAAGGAGAAUGCAUUUAUCUGCGUCCGCGCAGUCUACGCAGCCGCUAUCAAAGAGUUCUCUCGGAAGAAGAGUGUGUGGGAUGCGGCGAUCAAUUUCGAGAGAGAACACGGAUCACUCGACGAUCAUGAGGCGAUUCUGUUGAAAGCGUGCGAAACUGUUCCAGAAGUUGAGAACUAUUGGUUGAUGUUGGCCAAAUUGAGAUUUGUGAACAAGAGGAUUAAAGAGGCGAGAGAUACGUUGAGACUCGCAUUUGAGACACAAGGACAUCAGUCGGAGAAGACGUUGUUGGCUGCGGCGAAGAUUGAGAUUGAGACGGAUGAAUUCGAGAGAGCAAGAGAGUUGUUCAAUAAGGCCAGGGAGCAUGCACCCUCGGCUAGAGUAUGGAUGAAAAACGCUCAUUUCGAAUGGUGUCUUGGCAACCUGGAAGAGGCGAAACGUCUCUGCGAGGAAUGCAUCGAAAAGUACGACGACUUCUACAAGAUAUAUCUCGUUUUGGGACAAGUACUCGAAGAAAUGAGAGAUGUCGACGGAGCACGAAUGGCAUACACUCGGGGAAUACGUAAAUGUCAUGGAGUGAUUCCUCUAUGGAUUCUAUUAGUUCGGUUGGAAGAGUCGGCUGGACAGAUUGUCAAAGCUCGUGUCGAUUUGGAGAAGGCGAGAUUGAGAAAUCCGAAGAAUGAGGACUUGUGGCUGGAAUCUGUGCGAUUCGAACAGAGAGUUGGGUGUCCAGAGAUGGCAAAAGAGAGAAUGUCGAGAGCUCUGCAAGAGUGUGAAGGAAGUGGUAAGCUGUGGGCCGAAGCAAUCUGGAUGGAGGGACCCCAUGGAAGACGUGCCAAAUCGAUUGACGCUUUGAAGAAGUGUGAACACAAUCCACAUGUUCUCAUCGCAGCCGCCCGUCUAUUCUGGAGUGAGAGAAAGAUCAAGAAAGCGAGAGAUUGGUUUCAGAAGGCUGUCAAUUUGGAUACCGAUAAUGGCGAUGGAUUCGCCAAUUUCUUGGCGUUCGAACAGAUUCAUGGAAAGGAGGAAGACCGAAAAGCCGUCAUCAAGAAAUGUGUCCAAUCGGAGCCCCGCUACGGAGAUUUGUGGCAGUCGAUUGCCAAGAAUCCGACGAAUUGGCGAAAGACGACAGAGGAGAUUCUGGCUCUGACGACUAACAAGAUUAAGAUUCCCACUUAA